CUGCCAUCUUUUGUCAAAGAUCUUAAGAAGUUGAAGAGGACUUCAUCAUUCAAAAUUCAUACUUUGCUUGUGGAGGAAGGUUCAUUUUUUGCUAGCUGAGGAAGGAUGUCACAGAUUUUCGUUUUGCUGGUGAUUGUCCCAUUGGCCUUCCCUGCUGAGGGGAUCUCCAAUGGGGGAGAUUUCACUGUCUCAAAUAAGGAUCUGACUGUCUCCAAUGGGGGCACAUGGGGCGAUUGGGGCACGAUGGUCAUGUGUCCUAAAGACUACAGGGCAUUUGGCUUCAGUCUGAAGGUGGAAGAAAGUCAGGGAAUAGGAGAUGAUACAGCACUCAAUGGCAUCCGACUUAUCUGCAGACACGUUGACAACUUCGACGACCAGACAACCAUCACAUCUUCUACAGCAGAAUGGGGAACCUGGACAAAAUCCUUGGAUUGUGGCAGUAAAGGAUACCUCAAGUCCUUCAGUCUCCGUGUCGAACAUCCCCUAGUAGAGACGGAAGACACGGCUGCCAACAAUAUCAAGUUCCGUUGCACCAACAGCGGUGUGGGAGAGUUGACGGGGUAUGGCAUGACCUGGGGGAGUUGGAGCAUGACGUACAGCAGUAACUGUGCAAAGGGUAUCUGUGGCCUCCAGACCAGGGUGGAAGCACCACAGGGGUGGGAUGAUGACACGGCUCUCAACGACGUCCGUUUCAGUUGUUGUGAAUGA